AUGUCCUCACCCCCCCGGGCCAGUUCGGGUCCCGGUAUCUUUUCGCGUUUGGUUCCUGCCUUCUUUGCAGACUCCUGCUUGCGUCGCUCGGCUUGCCCGCCGUGCGCGUUCCGCGCUGGUCUCCGAGCACUUCGCCUUCGCGUCUGCAAGAUGUAUCGAAACAUGCCCGUUGAUCUCGUUCUGGUGCGCCAUGGCCAGUCCGAGGGAAACUUGGCGCAGCGCCUCUGCCGGCAGCAGCAGACCUGCCGCGCACAAGCUGCAGACGCCGCCUCCGGCUCCGCCUCCUCCCCCCCCUCGAGCGCGCUUCGCGAAGAGGCGCUCGCGGCUGAGCCAGGCAUCGGCGUCUGGUCGGAGGAGUUCCGCGAGCGCCACAACAGCCUGUACCGACUCACCGACAAAGGGCGCAUGCAAGCGGCUGUCGCUGGUCGGUGGAUCAGAUCCAACGUCGCCACGCUCUUCGACAAAUACUUCACUUCCGAAUACGUCAGGGCGAUGGAGACGGCAGCGAUGUUGUCGCUUCCGACGGCGCGGUGGGCGACGGAGAUGUACCUGCGCGAGCGCGACCGCGGGAUUCUGGCGAACAAGCCUCACCAUGAGAGACACGAGCAGCACCCUGAAGAAAUGCGGCGGAAAGAGCGAGAUGCCUUCUACUGGCAGCCUUCAGGCGGAGAGUCGAUCGCGAAUCUUUGCCUACGCGUCGACCGGGUGAUGGAAAACCUCUGCGAAUCUUGCUCAGGCUUGCGGGUGAUCAUCGUCUGCCACGGAGGCGUGAUUAAGUCCUUUCGAGCCUUGAUUGAGCGCGUGCGCCCGACGGAGAGUCGCGCGUCUCCGGCGGGCGGCGCGGGUCCCGGCGGAGGGGCGAUCACGACGCGCGGCCAGUUGGAGAAGAUCCACAACUGCCAAAUCGUCUGGUACAGCCGCCGCGACCCGCGCACGGGCUGCAUCAGCUCCAAGUAUAACUGGGUGAAGAGCGUCUGCCCCUGGAAUGUGAAUCUGAGCAGCAACCAGUGGAGAGAGAUACGCCGACACGUCUACAGCAACGAAGAACUGCUGCGCUCAGUACACCAGGUGCCUCAGUUGGUGAAUCGGAGCCUGGAGGAGCUCGAGGGCCCCCUGCCAGGGCUGCUGCCGUCUGCUGGGCUCCCGCCUCGCGGCCGCCAGGGUCCCACGUCCCUCCUCGCGGUCGUGGCUGCUGCCUCUCUCGCGAGGCCUGCUGCGGCUGCGCGGGGAGGCGUCUGCGGGCCGCCGCCUCCCCCGGGUCACAGGCAGCAGACGUCCUCUUCAUCGAGCUCCGCUUCCUCCUCCGCUUCCUCCUCCGCUUCCUCUUCCGCUUCCUCUUCUUCUUCAUCUUCCACUCCGGAUCCGGGGGCCUCCUCCACGGCGGCGGGUCACCAGGCUGCGUCGAGUGACGCGCUGGGCGCCGCGCCGUGGAACGACGAGAAGGGGCGGGGCGAGGUGCCCGCAGUUCUUGAGGAAGACCUCGACGAACUUUUGUCAGACGACAGCGGAUGCAGCGACAGCGACGUGGACAUCAUUCUCAGUCAGCCGCCGUCGCUGGUGCUGCAUGGCGAGUCCACGCCGCCGUCGCCGAGGGACGAGGAGGCCCCUGCGUCGCUCCCGCGCGCAUCAGAAGAAGAAGUCGAUGAAGAACUUGAAGAAGGCGAAGACGAAGAGGCGGAGGAGUCCUCCGAGCCGCGCGCCCACGCGAAAGGCGGUGGGACAGCCAGAGAAUCCAAUUUGAAGCUGGGCGGGGAAGACGAGCCGAAGAAAUCCACCUGCGAGCCGAGCGACGCAGCUGCAGGGCGGCGGGAUGGAAACACGAGCAGUGCGGCAUGCCUCUCCAGAUUCCUGGCCGCCGCGGCCCCUCGGAUAACAGCUGGCGAGCGCGAAAAGAGCUUGACAAAGAAGCCUGGGGAACACAAGAACGAAGACGGCGCCGCUGCCGAUGAGGGACCGGCAGACGCCGCUGCAGGCAGGCCGAAGCGACCAGGCUUGCUGCACAGAGGCGCUGCGCCACCGGCUCCGCCAGUCCCGCAGCCGCACACGCACAAAGAAAGCAAGUCGACAGACAACCGACAGAGAGAGGAAACGCCUAGCCGAGCUCUGCGCGAGGCGCCGCCCCUCCCAGCGGCGCGCAGCCCGUCGAGUGCCUGUGGGGCGCAGGGUCCGGCCUGUCGGCGGCGAGGCUCCUUCCAGGGCCCCGGUCGUCUCCUGAGCUCCGCUGAGCUGCUGCGACGAGUCUCCUUUCAGGAGGGCGCUUUGCACGGCCAUCCGGCGCCGCGACUUCCCACACCGCCGUCGUUCAGCGAAGACGGAAUCGCAGAUACGUUGGCUCUCGCGCGUCACUCCCUAACCCCCACGCGGGCGGCGGAUGGCGGCAGUGCCGCGCCGGCAGCGCCGUCGCCCACAGGCCUGCGGCAUUCGAUCGACAGCGGCGCGCCGCUCCACAGUUUGUCCCUUGACGCGCCGUCCCUCUCCAGUCGCCGGUACAGCGCUAGUGACGCGCGGCGACUGCGGGAGGUCGCGCAAACGUCCAGGUCUUCCACGGGAGGUUGGAAGUUGGAGGGGAAGCUCUCUGGCGUGGAUGCGGGCGACGCGGAUCCGUCUUAUUGCCUAGGCGAGAGCCGCUUUACUGCGGAGGCCACUCAAGCCGGUGGCGGCUCCGCUGGAAGAGACGCUGCCUCUGCUGCUUCGAGCUCUCCUCAGACGCCCUGGCGGGACGCAGGCCCGACCGGCGGCCAGCGGGAGGGGCUGGGCGACAGUCUCCGGUCUGCAAACUCUGCGAGGGACACGCCCCCUUCGCAUUUUUCUGCCGAGACAAACGCGAAGCUUGCUUCGCGCGCCCUGCAGGCCUCGCCUGCCGGGGGGCCUAUGCGGUCGCCACGAGCGGGGACGGCAGAGUCUCUCGCCGGCGUCGCCGCUUUGGCGGGCCGUCCGCAACUCGCCCCCCGUGAGAUCACGCCGCACACCCCACACGAGAGCGCAAGCGCGGCGCGUUGCGCAUUGGCGAACAGGCUCCCCCGGGGCGGCCGCAGGGGCUCCGCAUGUGCAGGCGUAGUUGGCGGCGGGGAGGGGGAGGACGGGGACCGCUUCUCCCGUUCAGGAGCGGAGGAUCGGCUCUCCACUGUGGGGCAUGAUAGUGCGAGAAUUCGGUCAUCGUUGGAAGCGCCCCCCGGCAGGGCGACCGCGGAUCUGUCUCGCGGAGUCACAAGCUCCCCUUCGCCUUGCGGCAGCGGGGCAAGAGCUGGCGGGGCGGUGCGGGCAGAGGAUCCCUCGGUUUUCUCGAGCCCCGCUCCGCCUGACCUUCGUCAACUCUUUCUUCUACAGCAGAACCACGUCCUUUAUCUUCAAAGACAGCAGCAGGCAUUGCGCGCGAGCCACGCCCUAGGCCCCGCAGUCGCCAGCAGCGCACACGCAGGGCCGUUGUCGUCCUGCUUUCCUGGAGACGCGUCGUGCCCGUCUCUGCCUGAGGCGGACGGCCUGCCCUGCUUUCCGCGCCCCUGCGCGGAAAGCAGCGCGUCGAGGGAGGAGCUCGAGACCGUCCCCCCUGCGACAUCGUAUGCAGACGCGGGCGCAUGCGCUGAGGGCGCCCUGCGCGAGUUCGCAUCCGUUCAGCACCAGAUUCUUCAGCAGCUUCAGCAGCAGCAGCUCUUCCAGCUGCAGCUGCAGCAGCUGUUGCUCGCCGCGCUGGUUCCCGGACUGCAGAGGGGCCUGGCCGCCGUGUCUCCCGCGGUGGGCGCCGUGGGGUCUCUGGGCGACUUUGGAAGCUUGGGCACCUUCUCGAGCCAGCCGGCGUCCUUUUCCGACGCGCCUGCAAGUUCCAUGCCGCACGAUCAGCCGACAGGCUGCAGCUAUGGGGGUGGCAGUGUCAGCUCGCUCAGGAUCGGGCCUCGCUUCGACUCGCGGACGCAGCCUUUUCUACGGCGAUCUCUCGGCAGCGGCGAUAUCAUGAACAUUCCGCCUCUCCCCGUCCCGUGUCCUCCGUACACCGGAAACGCGACCGUGCUUUCCCGGCGUGCGGGCAGCGCGCCGGGCGAAGGCUGCAGCCAGUCUCGAGCGGCAGCAGGAAGCUGCGACGGCAUCUGCCAGGCGCCUUUUCAGACUCGCGCCGCGAUGCCUGGCGCCGCGUCGCCUGACGCGGCGCCCGACGGCGACUCCAACACGGCCGAUACGGAGGGAGGGACAGCGGGGGGCGCGGCAGACGUGGGCCUCUACUCGACGAUGAGCAGUGGGAUCACCUUCGAACAAAAUCUCCUCGAGUCUCUAGGCUUCUCGCCUGACAUCCACCGCAUCGUCUCGCACGAGCGGGAUCGCGUCGUUGACGAAUACCGGCGCUUCCUGGCGGCCCAGCAGCACCUCGAGCCUGGAGCCGCGUUUUGGGAGGACGAGAGCGCGGCGACCGCGGGUCUCGUUGCCGCGUCUGCGCACUGGGGUUCGCAGGGCGACCGCGCGCAGACGCUGUCACCCGGCCCCCGAGCGCUGGCUGCCGCAUCUCCGCUUCCUCUGUCGCCGUGGACUCUCGCCGACGACCAGGCGCCAUCGGCAGUGGAGCCCGCGGCAGACCGCGGAGAUGCGAGUUUUUUCGCGAACGCCACAAACCCUCAAACCGCCAGCGUCAAAAGGCAGACGUGGGAGUCCGAAUUGUCUGAACCUCCGCUGUGUGCGCUCGAGAGCGCGGCGCCGUCAAGCGCCUCGGCACACGGCGGGGAGACGUUGGGGUUGGAGCCGCGCCCAGCAGCCAACCGGACGGGUGUCGCCGGCGCCGCCGCUAGCUGGGCUCCCACGAACGAUCAGCGGGCGACGGGGGGCACAUCGCGCGAGCCUGCGCACAUUCCGCCUGCCGAUGAAGGUGCAGGAAAGGAGUGGGAGAAGUCGGCAACGCGGGUUGGAGCGCCAGGCCCCGCAGAGGCAGGCUCCUCAGAGCCAGGGACGUUUAGAAUGGAACAACAGCGGGACAAGACGGCCGGAGGCAGAGACGCCGACUUCAAGAGGGGAGCACUCGCGGUUUCAGCGGAGGAACCUGGCAGGCCACGCGAAGGGGGGAACGCGAAGGCGGCGGACGACUCCCCACGCCUGCGAGGAAACGCCUUCGAGCCAGGCGCCCGAAGCAAACGGGCCCCACUGCGACCGGCCGAGGAGCAGCGGCGCAGUGCCAGCGAACUUCGUCCGGCGUCAGCCAGCGAGGUCUCCUAUGCGGACGACGCGGAGCGCGGAGAGGCUGGAGGGGGCGAAGGGCCGCCGUCCGGAUCUGAAAAUGAGUCUGACAGCGAGCGAGGCGGAGGGCGCGGCGAAGAAGAUGACCAAGAUGCCGACGACGAGUGCACGCGAAGCAACUGGGACGGGCGACAGGGCGACUGGGAUUCUCCUGAUUCCGACCAGGACUGCAGGGGCGCGUGGAGAGCACGAUAG